GGCCAUUGGAACCCGACACGCAAUGAUCCCAGCUUUGCCCACGAAGGGGGGGAAGCCCUGGCUCCUUUUCGCACUAGCGCAUCCCACCGCUACGGCUGGCUACUGCGAGUAUUACAGCCCACCACGCCAAAUACAUGCAGGUGGCGCAACCCCAUAGAACCCCCUCCCCCAGCACCAAGGCCCAAACGCACUGCACCGGACACAACGAGCGAUCUCAAUCCGAUCGUCAAGAAGCGUCGAGAAGAGUUUGCUUGCACCUUAUGUGCGGCGUCGUAUAAAGGACAUGUGAGGCUAACAAGGCACCUUCGCUACUUCCACCCCCAGCAAUGCCAAAACGCAGAACGUAAACGAGCGCGUGGGAUGGAAGAGAAGGAAAAAACCUUGCCUUUUCAAUGCGAUCAGUGUGAGUUCGGAGCCCUAAGUAAGACGGGGCUCCUAUCCCACAUUCGUGCCAGGCAUCGCUCUUCACAAGACCCGCCACGAGCAGUGACACCACGGCCCAUAUUGUAUUGCCCAAUAUGUCUCAGACCCAUGGGCAACGCUGGAGGACUGGCAAGCCACAUGAAAUACAAGCACCCGGGCGGACUAAAGAACAAGAUGCCAGACCAACACAACGACACACUAAGCCCCCUCAAGCAAGAGAGAAAAGAACCCCCACCUUGCACGCCACUCCCAUAA